AAUGCACUGCAGUCCAUUUCCUGUGUGUCCUCUGCCUUAGAAGUAGUCAAAGGAAUUAGAUUUGGCUUAAGUCAAUGUGGGCCUGUCCGUUUUUAAAUGUGAUUUGCCAGGGUUUGCAUUGGCUUGCUAUUGGAUUACAGUGGCUGCCUGUGACAUGGCUGGAUAUUGUCACAGGGCAAGGACAAGGACAAGGAGCAAGGGUGGCACAUAAAUCAAUCACUCACACACACGCACACACAUCUGUACACACUGCACUCUCAAAAUCGCCAGCUAUGAAAACUUCUCAAGGAUGUCAUGGGAUUGUAACUGCAAAUGGGACAUUUGUCCUGCAGUAAAUGCUCCAGUCUACCCAACCUGGCUGAAGAACGUAGCUUCAUGCAACUUCAUGCCUCCAUGGCUCCUGUGAUGUUCACCCUCAGGCGCCUCUCUUUCCAAGCACAGAGCACCAGGAAGUGUGGAUGAGGGGAUGGACGGAGCAAAUCACGCUGUUGGGCAGAGGAUGGAUGGAAGGUGGGGAGGGGGAGAGGACGCGCUCGGUGGCUGGAGUGGUGGAGCAACAGGAGUGGGGGGGGUUGAUGGGUAGGAAGGCGAAGGGAGGGGAGGCGGUCUCUCGUUAUUUUGAGCCCAUUGUGUCUACUUCCUGUGGGUCAGAGGUUAUUGGAGCAGGGUGUUGCAGACCGCUGCCUGCCUGAGGAAGGGUGCCAGACAGAGAGCAACAACACGGGCGACGGCGGACCGCAGAGCCUGCUCACUCGUUUCUUUCUCGGUAACUAGCGAGCUCGUUUGUAAACCAACAGAGGCAUGGAAAAAGCGGUGGUUUAUGCUUCGGAGUGGGCGACUGACCGGGGACCCAGAUGUUCUGGAGUACUACAAGAAUGACCACGCCAAGAAGCCCAUCCGCGUAAUAGACCUGAACCUGUGUGAACAGGUGGACGCGGGGCUCACCUUCAACAAGAAGGACCUGGAGGGCAGCUUCAUCUUCGACAUCAAGACCAUCGACAGGGUCUUCUACCUGGUGGCUGACACCGAGGAGGACAUGAACAAGUGGGUGCGCUGCAUCUGCGACAUCUGCGGAUUCAACCCCACAGAAAGCGACGACCCGGCGAAGCUGGUGCAGCAGUCGGGGGGUGGGGGGCUGGAUGUGGCCCUGAGUUCGUCGUCACUGGGGGGGCUCAGCCACUCGGUCCUGACCAGCGUGCCCCCCCCUUACCAGCCAGUUAGCGUGAGCCACCUGGAGUCCUCCUCCAGCCUAGACGAACCACAGGACUACCUCUGGCUGUCCAACUGUGAAAGCAAGAAGCCAGAGACAAGCAGGUCGUAUGGUGACUGCUCCAAGUCCACGUCCUCAGAGCCUGACUGCAACGACAACCUGCCUCUGCACCGCACCCCCCCGACCGCUUGCUCGUCGGCCAAGCACACGUCUGUCAACGGCUUCUUCUCAUCGCAUUCGCACUCGCACUCGCACUCGCACUCGCACUCACUCUCGCACCCCUCCUCCGCCUCCUCUGCCGCCGCCCUGUACGACUCCCCGCCCUCGCGCCACGGCCCCUGCCUGCCCCCAGCUACCGACCCCAGCGGGCUCUACCAGCUGCCACGCAGCCGCUCCCAGGACACGGUGAUGCCCCCGCCGUCGCGCUCGGCCUCGGAGAGUGAAGCCGGCGAGCUAUACGUCUUCAACACGCCGGGCCGCAAGCCCUCACUGGAGGCCCAGAUGCGCAACUUGACAUGCUAUGACAUCCCGCCGACCCCCGGCAGCGGCUGCUCCUCCUACCUGCCCUGGAGCAUGAGUGGAGGAGGCGGGGAGCGGGGAGGAGGAGGUGGUGGCGGGAAGGAGCCUCUCGGAGGAGGGGAGGUGGUGCCCCCGCCACGCCCGCCCAAACCUUCGCUCUCGUCAUCCAUGGCGACGAUGCCGGCUGGGGGGCCACCGGAGAGAUCGCCCACAGAUACCUACGCAGUCCCGCGCUCCGUCUCUGAGACGGACGGGAACUACUGCGUGCCGACCAGCGCAGGAAACAAGGCGCUGCGCAGCAACACCAUCGGUCCCGUUGACUCGUCACGCCUCCGCAAAGAUUGUGGAUCCCAGGACUGCUACGACAUCCCGAGACCCUUUGCAUCAGACAAAGGUGGCUCAUUUGAGUUCAAUGAAAGUCUGAGCAAUUACUUUAAAAACAAAGGCAUGAUGCCUGUUAGUAGCACUUCCACAGAGGAGGUGGACGAAAACUACGUACCCAUGAGCGCCAACUCGCCCUCCCACCGGCGCUCGGGCAGCCUGUCCGAGCCCAUCCAGGAGCCCAACUACGUGCCCAUGACCCCGGGCACCGCGGAGUUCUCAUCUCUGGGCAAACAGGUGCCCCCGCCAGCCCACAUGGGCUUCCGCUCCAGCCCCAAGACGCCCCCACGAAGACCCAUGCCCCUGGCCGAGUGCCAGCCACCCCCUGUGGACCGGCAGCCACCCCCUGUCGACCGCAACCUCAAACCAGACCGCAAAGGUCAGAGCCCUAAGGUAAUAAGAGCUAAGCCAGUCGGUCUUGAGCGAACCGACUCUCAAACCAUAGGUGAAUUCCCAAGACGCCGCAAGGCCAAACCGGCCCCUUUGGAGAUUAAGCCACUGUCGGAGUUGGAGGAAUUCAUAGCGCCCGUCCGCUCACCGGUCACCAGGUCCUUCGCCAGGGAUUUCUCCAGGUUCCCCAUGCCUCCAAGACCCCCAUCGGUGCAAAGCACUGCCUCCAGCACCGAUUCCGAGGAGUGUGAUGAGAAUUAUGUAGCCAUGCAAACAUCUAGUAUGUCUUCAGAUGAACCAAACCUUAAGCUGAGCGCUCAGAUGAACACAGAUGGAGGCAGCAGCCCAAUGGUGCCGCUCAAAGGAGAUAAGCAGGUGGAGUACCUGGACUUGGAUCUGGACCCUGGAAAAUCCACUCCCCCGCGGAAGAAAAAGAGCAACGGGAUGGGGGCAGCUGUGUCGGACGAGCGUGUGGACUACGUGGUGGUGGACCAGCAGCGAACGCUGGCCCUCAAGAGCACUAGAGAGGCAUGGACUGAUGGCAGACAGUCCACUGAGACCGACACCCUGACCAAAGGACCCAAAUAAACGCUUGCCACCUCUACAGACACUCGCCCCAGUUCCCACUCUUCCCCCUCUCUCCUUUCUCCUCACAGAGUCACCUCUCUGGGCCUAGGAGCUUAGGGGGCUGUGCCAUGGACUUGGACACAAUUCUUCCCUUCUCGCUAGAACCCCUCUCUUCACAAGGGAUAGAGAGUAAGAGAUGGAGAAGUAGAGCACGUCAGUGCCCUAGAUACUAGACUGUGCCCCGCCCUUGAGGCCUGUAGUUUACACUGCCACCUGUCUGGAGACAGAGCACACCCUCCAAAGGAUUUGGGAGGAUCCCUGCUUAGCGUUGCUCUCUAGACCCUUGAGGAUCUGGAAUUCUCUGUUUUGUAGGGCAAAGAGGACCUGUGAAAGCUCACAGGAUAUGAAGCCCCGUAGGACACUUGCGCUGGAACCACCCAUGCAGUGAAAUAUGUUUUCUUUACGGAUUUCAUUUUUUUUGAUUAUCUUGCCAAAAUCUGACGGCGUGAACACCACUGCCCAUAGUUCGUAAGAAAAAUUUGGUGUUUAAAAAAAAUGAAAAGAAAGAUUGUCCUUUUUGGCGUCCAUUUAUACUGAACCAUGUUCUGGGGUCAGAACACUUUACUAUGUUAAAGCGUUCUUUAGGUGUACUGCCUUAAUUAUAUCAGUGAAAAAAUCUACAAUUUUCUGCUAGGAGCAUUCCAUGAAAUAUCCUGACCCUGAGAAGCUAACUCUGUACCAAACAUGAUGAUGCAGAUGAUUUUUGGAUCAUUUUUUUGUUUUCUGCUUGUUUGGAGUUCUUGAGUGCUCCUUCAUGUGAUGUUUCAAACUUCAAACCGUGAAUGAGAUUGUGUCAUUUCACUCAGUCCUGCGAUCGGGGCACACACAAGACAAAUUCAACUGGACAGCACCCGGUCAGAGUCAUAAACGACUCAGUUGAGUUGCCUAAUCAAAGCAUCAUUAAGAUCAUUCAACCAAAUCUGCAAAUCUGAAGGAAUUCCGUUCACUGAUUCACACAGAUCAAGUGCUUCUUACCCCUGGCAGCGGAAAUGCAGAUGGACUGCGUGAUGUGUAUUUGAUAUGGUGUGUAUAUUUUUUUUCAAAGUGUCCUUUGACUUGUGUUUAUAUCCAGGAUGUAAAAGCUUUUGUGUAGAUUCUUCAGGAUAGAAAUCUGGACCUUCUGAGAUGGCUAUCAAGAACUACACUAUGAUGGGUGACAUGAGGUAUUGGAAUCAAUAACUGUGACUGCUACUAUUGGAAGCUGAUGCUUUCUGAUAGCUAUGGAAGGUAUCAUACUAAAGAAUAAGAUAAAGAAGUCAGGUACUCAUUUAAUUACUUAACACAGCUAUCCAUUUCUAAUUUAUUUUUUUGUCGUUUCAUCACUAGGUUGAUUGAUUUUUGCCUCAUAAUGCUUAUUGCUUUAAAGUGUUUUUUGUAGUUUAUUUGCAUAAUUGUGAUGAUUAUUAUUAGACACUUGUUUAAAAUGCCUUUCCCAAGAUGCAUUUUCCCUUCUCAACUUUUCACUCCCACUUUCCUCAAACUGGCUUGUUGGAUUUAUUUUCUCACCAUUAACUUAUUUCAAAUGGAGUUUCCACCACUCUCUGAAGACUAUUUGCCUUAUCAAGUGUAUUUGUAUGUUGUAAAUAAGACUGAUCAUGGUAUUUCAGCUCGUACUGUUUCUGAUUAAUAGGUUUUACUAACUUUCGACUCAUGAAUCCCAGUUGAGGGUGCUACGCUGUUGAGGGCUCCCAUGCUGUAAAUAUUUCCGCAAAAAUUUUCAAGCAUGCUCCCACUGAAUAAAAUUUAAAACACUGAUGCUUAUACUGUUGUUUCUGUGCUACUUAAAUGUUCUCUCUCCUCAAGUGGAAUGGUGUCGAAGUGAACCUGGAGGAUCUUAAAGCUUUGUAUCUUUUUUAAUGAAUCAAACAGAAAAGUACAUUUGAAAAUGAACUAAAUAAAACCUACCUUUAUGCAAGUGC